AUGCUGUGUAUAUUUUAUUUGGAACUACUGAUGUGUACCAUUACUUUUGCUAAAAGUGUUCCGGCUGAUUUCAAAGAGGAACCAUUGGAAAAUGAGGUGAUCACAUACGACUUUCCUUUGGUGAGGCGUGGAAAAUGGAACGCAAGGAAACCAACACACACCCUGCCUCUAAAUGUACCUGUUCCAUAUGUUGUAAUCCACCACUCCUAUUCACCAUCCGCCUGCGAAGACAGUAAUAGCUGUGCGCAAGCAAUGCGGUCUAUGCAGAAUUACCACAUGGAUGAGCAUGGAUGGUGGGAUAUUGGAUAUAAUUUUGGUAUCGGCGGUGAUGGAGCUGCGUACGAAGGUCGAGGUUGGACUGUCCUUGGUGCUCAUUCACUGCGCUUCAAUAACUACAGUCUUGGAAUAUGCCUUAUUGGGGACUGGAGAUAUAAAGUUCCGCCAGCGCUGCAAAUAAAAACGGCUAAAGAGUUAAUAUCCGCUGGUGUAGACCUCGGAUUUAUAAAAGCAGAUUAUAAACUCAUAGGUCAUAGACAAGUGAGGGAUACAGAAUGUCCUGGCGAUGCGCUAUAUGAAGAAAUAAAACAGUGGAAGAAUUACUCUCCAUUUCCAGCUACAGUUACGGAUUUGGUGGAUGUUGUAGAGAUACCAGAGUCUAUUAGAGGACAGUGGAAGGAGAAUGGAACUUUGAAAAGUUGA